AUGGCGGCGCCUGGUCAAACCAGUCCCCAGCAAAUGGCGCAGAUGGCUGCUAUGCAACAACAGUUCGCCGCUGAAGCCGCAAAACGCGGGAUGACCCCAGAGCAAUUCGCACAGAAGCAGCGCGAGCAGCUAACUGCUGACGCCGCUAAACUUGGCCUCACGCCUGAACAAUAUGUUGCGCAGUUACGUAUGCGGGCAAUGCAGGCGCAUCAGAAGCAAAUGGAAGCCCAGCGCCAGGGCCAAGGAUCCCCACAGCCUGGACAAGCACAGCAACAGCAGCAACAGCAGCCCGGACAACAAGCGCAGCAAGGACAGCCACAAGCCCAACAGCAGCCUCAACCACAGCAGCAGACACACCAAGUCCCUGUCCAGCCUGGACAACCUGCUGAUCCCAAGGCUCUGGCCGUUGCUCACUUCCUGCGAUCGCAGAACCUCAAGCCGCGCACUUGCAUUCUGGAUGGACAGCGCAAGGAUAUGUUCAAGGUCAAGCGAGCUAUCCGCGCCAUCGAGUCACCCGCUUACGCCAAAGCUGCCGCAAAGAAGAACUCCCUCCUCCCACCCGUGACAGACCGCGCUUCUGCUGAGAAUGUCUUCAAGCUCCUGCCCCUCUCUCUUCUCGCCCUACGCGUGAGUAAGGUCGACCCCCAUGAGGGACAUAACCACGCCAAACCCAAGAACCGAGUCAAGGGUCUGUGGACCGUUAAGAUUGAGCAACACCAAGAGACCGAUCCUAUGAUGCACUACGUCUGGUUGUACGAGGGUCCUCAGUGGAAGCAGAAGGCUAUGGCUGCCGCAGUCGUGGCCGGUAUUUUCGCCGUCGUCCUGUUCCCUCUGUGGCCAGUCAUGCUGCGCCAGGGUGUUUGGUAUCUGAGUGUUGGCAUGAUGGGCCUACUUGGUCUCUUCUUUGCCAUGUCGAUAUUCCGUCUGAUCCUGUUCUGCAUCACUGUCUUUGCCGUUCCCCCUGGUCUUUGGCUGUUCCCCAAUUUGUUUGAGGAUGUCGGAUUCUUUGACAGUUUCAAGCCGCUGUGGGGCUGGCAGGAGAGUAAGAAGAAGAAAGGCAAGAAGUCCAAGACUACUGCUGCUACCUCGAAGACAUCUCAAGAGACCACUCCCUCAGCAACUACGACUUCUGCGGAGCCCGCAUCUGCACCCAGCUCGACUCCCGUGAAGCGGGAUCUGACUGCACGAGUCGAAGAGGUAGAAGAGUAA